AUGUCCUAUUGUGCAGGAACAAGAGCGCAUGGGGAGGAUGCUGUGAGUGAAGCAGGGAGGACAGCACCACGGGGUGGUGGUGUGGGCUGGUGGAGGGGAGCAGUGGAGACGUGGUGGUGCGGGCGGGGCAGAGGAGAGUGCACAGGGGUGGAGGAGGAUGCUGAGAGGCAGUGUGUGGUGCUGCUGACAUGUGAGGACACGGGGUGUGGCAUCGCAGAGGAGGAGCAGCGCGACGUGUUUCAGGCGUUCAUGCAGGUGAGCCCUGCCCCUCAUGCAGGACAACCCAUCAACCGUCCCUUUGUUCUCACCACUCUCAACCCCCCCGUACCCCCCUGUGCGGGCCAGGUGGUGGUAGGCAGCGCCAUCUGCGCCCCUCUGUUCUCACCCCUCUGCACCCCCCUAUACCCCCGCACCCCUCUUAUCACACAGGUGGUGGUGGACGACAACAUGAUCAACCGGCGGGUGGCAGCGAUCACGCUGGCGCGGUACGGGGCGGAGGUGGCGCUGGCAGAGUCGGGCGAGGCGGCGCUGCGCCUGCUGCAGGCGUGCCACUCCUUCCGCCUCGUGGUCAUGGACCUCCUUAUGCCCGGCCUCGACGGCUUCCACACCACCGCCCGCCUGCGCGCAUUCGAGGCCGCCGCCCAGGCGGCCCAAGACGUGCAUCGCAUACCAGUGUGGAGGCCAUGGAGAGGGGCUGGCAGCAGCGGCAACGAAUUCAUGUGGUGGCCAUGUCAGCAGAUGUAG